AUGAGCUUCCACCAGUCUGCUGUUAGCUUUGAGCUGGAUGAUGAUCACAUCCUCAAAGCUGUGCUCCGAAACGAGGAUGGCGAUGAACAAGAGUCUGAACUGGAUCUAAACAACAUUAUUGGCAAUAACGACGGCUCUUUUGAGUGGGGAGGGGAGAACUUCAAAGACAGUGCCGGUGACAUUGAGCUCCACCGCGAAGGAGACGAGGAGGUCCCUAUCCUUCGUGCUAAAUUGAACAACCUCGACGGUGAUGAGGUGGAUGCGGAUAUCAAUCUGGCGGAGCGGAUCACAAAUGAAAAUGGAAACCUGGUGUUUAUCUGA